CCCAGUGCCAAUCAAAGAGGGCAAGCAUCAAAGAAAAGAGGGAGUACACUCCCAUUGAGGUAACAGAGCCUCUGGAGCUUGUUGGGAUGGACCUAGUGGGUAAACUCACACUAACAGAUGGUGGCAAUCAAUACAUUUGUGUCAUGGUUGAUUAUUUCACCAAAUGGGCAGAGGCAUACCCACUUCAAAGCAAAACAGCAGAUGAGGUGACCAAUUGUAUUCUUGAUUUAUUUUACAAAUUUGGUGCACCUCAAAGACUGCUAACAGAUCAAGGCGGGGAAUUCUGUAAUAAGGUUAAAUAUAACCUUUGUGAGAGGCUGGGAAUCGAAAGAAGCCUGUGUUCCCCGUAUCAUCCACAGACAAAUGGGCUCGUGGAAAAAUUAAAUGGAACAAUACAGAGGUCCCUGAACAAACUGGUGGCGGGUGAGCCCAAGCGUUGGGACUAAUUCCUGCAGCCCACCAUGUUCAGUCUGAGAACCAAAACUCAGCUGACUACAAAGUUCAGUCCCUAUUUUCUGAUGUUUGGGAGGGAGGCGAGGUGCCCAUCAGAGGUGCCCAAGGAGUACAAAAUAACAGAAGACAAAGUGAAAAGGAUGGUGGAAAGGGAAGAUGUCUGGAAGGGACUUCAAAAACAGGAGGCCGUUUUCACGCUUGUAAAGAAAAACAUUUUAAAAAGCCAAGAGAGGGUCCGCAAGAGGAAACUGGAGAAAGGGCAAGUGGACAACUUCCAAGUGGGGACUUGGUUUUAAAAAGAAACAAAAGGUUGGAGCAAAGAAAAGGUGGAAAACUAGAGGUGGAAAUGCAGGGACCUUACCGGGUUGUGGACAUUGAGGGGAAAGUUGCUGAAAUAGUUUCAGAAAAGGGAAACAAUACGAUGAAAGUCAACAUUGACCACCUCGCACACUAUGUCCAGCCAGAGGAGAGGAUCCCUGCGAAAUUGAAAAGAUUGUUGGAUCCUUCUCCUCUGGCUGAUCCACUGACCUCCACCUCCACACCCACCUCCACAUCCACACCCUCCACAUCCUCCCAAACCCUGGCUCCAUCAAGUCAGGCAGAAGGAGCAUCUUCUGAGGUGGAGACUUUAAUCCGAGACAUAUGGGCAGGGAGGAGGAAGGAGACGCUAUGGGCCAAAUAUGGCCCAUACAAAGUUUACAGCGAGAACCUCAUGGUCUUGGCCCCAGGACAGCAGUUGGAGGGAGAGUUGGACCUGACAAAACACAAUGUGGCAGCUGGAGCCAUCUGUUACAGGGCACACUGGACCCUCAUUAUCAUGUAUCUGAGGGAAAACAGGUCCCUUUUCUUGGACCCAUUUGGGGCCACCAAAGAACAGAUAAGCCGCUGCAAAGACCUAACACGAUCGCUGGUCCGCAAGACAAACCCAGCUGUUGGGAGAUGGGCAUGCAACAGCAUGGAUCAUCCCAAACAGCAGGACACAACAUCAUGUGGUGUGUUGAUUUGCAAGCUUGCAGAGCAAAUACUAUUGGACCAGAAGGUCCAGUACCCUGUUGACCAGGCGGGUGUGGCCUCAAUGAGGUUCGACAUGGCAAUGUCCCUGGUGAAAAAUUCCGAUGACCUAUCCCAGCUGUGUCGGGCCUGUGGGGAACUUAGUUCAGGGUUCACCAAGGUUGACCAAUGGGUAAGACGUUGUAUUCAUUUCCUGACCACCAUUUGGCUGGAAGACUGGGAUACACCCUGGAUAGGUUACCUCAACAUCACCGGGUGAACACUAUAACAGAUAUUGAACAUUUUUACUUGAAUUCACCAAACUUGCAUGUCUUUGCACUAUGAGAGAACACUGGUGCAGUGGAAGGAACUUCUGAGCACGGACUCUACACAGAAAGAACCACAGAUAAGAUCCCAACCUAUACAUUGCUUAUUUAGUUCAAUGUUAACAGAGUGAUUGUAAAACGUACUCUGGAUGAGUGAUGUUAAUCUAAAAAAGCAGUGUGGCCAUGUUCUAACAUGUAUUAUUUCUGUUUCUUUUCAGAUUGAGUGCACCGGCUGUACCAAAUGGUACCACACAACAUGUGUUGGGCAGCCCUCUAUCUCACUGGACUAUUACUGCAAAGCCUGCACUUUAUAA